GUCGUACGGUGUUAUUGGCAAGUUAUUCCACACGCGCUCUAUUUAGUUCAUUUUUGAAGUUUUUAAUAAUUUGGUGAUAUAAAUAUGAAUAAUCAGUCGUUCAUAAUAAUUGUUUGUUGUGUGUUUUAUGAAUUGAGUGCUUGUUAUGGCUCCGUUACCACAAUGAAACACUCCUACGCCAAUGAAGUCAGCCAGCGGCCGCAAAAGCAUUUGUUUAGCAAGUUACGGUUCCACCGAAAAUGGCUUCAUAAUAUUGAUCCUGAAGUGUACAUGAAUGCUUCUGAGUUGAUUACAAGCAAAGGCUAUCCGUGUGAGGAGUACUCGGCAACAACAAGUGAUGGGUAUAUCUUAGGCCUACAGCGUAUUCCACAUGGAAAGAAAAACGCAAAUGCAACGGCUCCACGUCCAGUCGUCUUUCUCCAGCAUGGAUUACUGUGUGAUUCAACAAACUGGAUAACUAAUCUUGAGAAUGAAAGUUUUGCAUUUCUUCUUGCUGAUGCUGGGUUUGAUGUUUGGUUGGGAAAUAUCCGCGGCAAUGACUACUCCCUGCGGCAUGAAUCUCUGACGAAGAAUCAGUCUAAGUUCUGGGACUUCACAUCAUUGCAGGUAGCCAUAUUGGAUGUCCUUCAAAUCCACCUCGCCACCAAGGUAAAACUGUUCACAGCACUGGGUCCUGUCUUCACAGUAGGGUAUACGAAGGGACUCAUGCGGUGGCUUGUACCUUUUGCCACAGAGUUGGAUAUUUUACUAAAGCUUGCAGGAGAUGAUAGUUUUCUGCAUGCUGCAGAACCACUGUUGAAGUUUCUCGGACGUACGCUUUGUCGGAGUCAACCGCUAAACUACAUCUGCUCUGACAUUAUAUUCCUCAUUGGAGGAUUUGAUGAGAAGCAGCUAAACAUGACACGCCUUCCAGUAUACAUAUCCAAGACGCCCUCUGCAACAUCUACGAAGAACAUUAUGCACUUCGUUCAGAUGGUCAAGUCAAAGAAAUGUCGAAUGUAUGAUUACGGAUACAUUGGCAACCUGCGAAAAUAUGGUCAGUUUCAUCCUCCUGAGUACAGUGUCUCACAGAUGGAGACACCUGUUGCGCUGUUCAGUGGAGGUUGCGAUUGGUUGGCUGAUCCAAGAGAUGUGUCCUGGCUCAAGACGAAGAUCAAGAAUAUUAUUUAUGAAAAAGUUAUUGAGCCAUGGGCUCAUUUGGAUUUCAUAUGGGGAAUCGAUGCUGUCGAGUUGGUGUACAAACCUGUGAUAGAUAUGAUGAGAAAAUUUGAACAAAAUGCAACAACCUUGGUUAAUGCCUAGGAUGACCAAUUCCAUUUGUAUGAAGUGACUAACCACUGCUCAGUGGUUAAUAGCAUGUAAGCGAAAUGUUUGAAACCAGAACCUUGUGCUCGUAACAGACUGGUUAUCAAAAUUCACAGUUGCAGCAGUGUGGGUUAGCAGUUGCACAUUGCAAGAUAUGUUUGUAUUUGUGUAGCUAGUGUUGUGUUUGUGUAGAAUGUCAGUUUGAUAACUGGGAACGAGCUGCUAUAAUUAUGCAGUAUGUCUAUUGUAAGAUAUUGAUGUUAACAAUAAUAGGAGUACUUCACGAUUUCUAUUCAGAUUUGUAUACAAUCACAUUUAACCAUUGAUACUGGACGAACAUGAGACCAGUGGUGCCAUCUGUAUUCACUUUGGCAAUUCCCUACAUGUAGUCAUUUUUAGCUACGGUCCUCUCCCUCUGCAUUUGAUGUGCUGACACUGAGGUGGGGUUUAAUUGCAUCUGUUUCUUACGUGCUGUUCUCUCUCCUCGUUGUUGCGGGUUUGCCUCAGGGAGAUCAUCAGGUAUUGGAGCUAUCACUGUUAGAUUCUUGCAGGUUUUCAUCAGAAGCCUGUUAUUUCUUGGGUAUUUGUCGACUUGUUUUGACACUUGGCUGGCGUAGGGAAUAUUGUAGCUCACCAUUUCUUCAUGUAAGCCAUUUCGUGCAAAUAUCGCCUUGAGGUGGGUGGUCACACACCUUACCGUCUUGCUGUCUAGCAUUGCAAGCUCAAGAUGGAAAAGCAAUCAACCACCACAACGUAGUAGUGUAGGGUCUCCUGAAUCCUAACCUUUGCGGUAGCAGCGGCUCGUUUCUGUCCCUUUCUCUCAAAUUGAUGUAGGUACAGCACCUGCCCCAGUAGCCCGUAUAUUCGUGUUCACACCAGGCCAGAACAAGAUUACUUUCACACGCAACUUGCACUUGUCAGCGCCCAGGUAACUAUCUUGAUUAAGCGUUAGCAUGUUCUGCCUUAUAGCAUGCUGGACACUAGUAGCUUGGUUCCCAUGAAUAUAAGUUCUUCGGUCUCAUGCAGCCCAUCACGAAGCUUCCAGUAUUCAGUAUUACUGUACAUCUGUCCUGUGGCCGGUGGCCUGUUCUUCUACCAUCAUUGUUUAAUGGUGCGCCUUGCCAUCUGUAAUGGCAUGUCAUCUAGUGUGGCUGACUUGAAUUCUGCAAGUUUGUCAGCACCGACUGAUACGCUCUGAAUUCGGCUUCAUCCUGUGUUUCUUCAUUUCACUUUUAUUAUAUUAAAUAUCAUAUAUUAAUAUAAAUAUAUAUAAAUAUUAUCAUAAUACUCGCUGAGUCGAUGGUAAAAGGCAUGUGAAGGCAUUGCUUUAUUCCCCAGGUCGUAAGGAAUGUGCAAAGAUAAGAUGACCCUUCAGACAGUCACAUGUUAGUAGCCAUCUUUUAUUACUACUACCGUGAACAUUUUCUUGCCAUUCAGCUGACUAUGCGCGUCUGAUGGCGUUGGUAUAUCGUAUCGUUCACGUUUAGUGGUUGGUGGAGUCCAGUCUGGGUAUCCGUGAUCACAAGAUUAUUAACCUAUUCUGGGGGGGGGGUUCAGUUCUAGCUAUGAUUCCCUCGCGUGUGUUUAGGUAUUUUAUAAUAGAGUGUUCACGAAUGAAUAGUGUGUAAAUAGGAGCGAAUCCGUUUUAAUGAUAAAACAGCAUACGAUGUACUUGUCAGUUUCGUUUGUAUGUUAGCCAUGUUGUUUGUGGUCAUGU